AGGUUUCGGUUGUUUUUAAACUGUGCGUGUGUAUAAGAUUUUUAAAACUCCGUCGGUAUAACACUCAUACAGAUAUAAAAAAAAGAAUUUAAAACAAAAUAUAUAAAUAAAAAUUGAUUUUAUAUAAAUUUAAAACAAAAAAAAUUGCAUUGAAUUUUUGUCAGCCAUAAAAUUCAUUAAAAUAUGUUUGCAGCUAAAAGUCAUCUAGGCCAAAAAGUAUUCAAUAUUAAAAAUUUGUGCUAGUAGAAAAAAAUUUUUUGUUUGCAAAAUAAAAAAUUUACAUAUAGAGCUAUAAAUCAUAACAAAUAAAUAUUUGUAACCCAUAUAAAAAGGUUUUUGCAUAAAUUUCCUUAAAUUUUAAAUGAAAAUAAUAAUAAUAAAUUUAUUAAAUUAAAAAAUUUUGUGUAGCUAAAGAAUAUGCUUAAAACAUUUAAUUAAAUAAUAACGCCAAAAAAAAAGAAAAUAAUUAUACUAAUCCUUAGGGAAAAUACCUCAAAUUAAAUUUGUUUAUAACAAAUUCCCCUUUUUUUGCAAUAAAAUAUUCAAAUAAAAUGAAGUGGUUUGCGAAAACAACAAGAAGCUUUAAAUUAAGCUUUAAAAUGUUUUUAACAAAUCAACAAAUUUUAACCCUUCUAAUGGUCAUUGCCUUAUGUGCAACAUUCACAUCAAGUAGUCCCACACAACAGCAACAACAACAACUACAACAGCAGCAGCAGCAUCAACAGCAAAAGCAGCAAGCCACAACGAUACGUGUCCAGCAAUGCCGCGAGGGAUGCUUAGAAAAGUUCACCACAAAAGAUGCUUUGUGUCAGCAAAAUUCAGAAUGUUUAACGUGUUGGGAAGAAUGCAGUAAGGCGCCACCGGGUAAAAUAAGUAAAACCAUACGUGAGACGUGGUCUUUACACACUGUCUCAAUGGUUCAACAAGAUUCUUUAGUGCUGGUCGAUGUUGCUUGGGAACAAUUAAGCGUACCUUACCAGUGUCUGGUCACCUGGGAGGUAUCGGGUGGCGGUUUAAUGGGCAAUUUAUUGACAGAAUCAUUUAAUGUUCAAUUAUCAUUGUGGCCAGAUACAAAGUAUCGUGUUCAGGUGACUUGUAAAAAUAAGCUUACUGGUUUUAUGUCACGUUCAUUGCCCCUAACUAUCGAUACAUCAGAGGCUGUUAAAGCUAUAGACACAACAAUACCACAACUAAGACCUACCAUACGUAAACAAGCCAUAGCAUCGUACAUCACCAACAUACCCCUCUCAACAACAACAACAGCAAUCACAAGACCAACUUUACCCACAAUAACAUAUUCAGCAGCUAAACAAGCGCCAGUACAGCAAUUCCCAGUAGAUAAUAGAGCUGCUGCCGUUGCCGCUGAUGAUGAUGACAUUGAUACAAAUGUAGUUCCUUAUGAUGAUCAACAAUCGGCUGAGACUAUAAAUCAACAUACAAACUUUAUCUUCAAUUGGCAUAUGAAGAAGAAUAGUGAUAUAAGUGCCAUUGAACCGUUGCACAAGACGGAACACGAUAUACUAGCUGUGCUGGCCAAUAUCCAUAAACCGCUAUUGUUUGGCAUGACAGCCGGCAUUACAUUGUUAAUGUUGUUGCUCAUGUUCUUUGCAUGUCCUUUGAGAAAGCCCAGAUUAUCGAGUGAUAAGGCCAUGUUAAUGGCUGAAGAUUUAAAUGCUCACGGUCUGACAUUACCACCGGCCUUGACGGCGUCAAGAUCGAUAGGAGUGACAACAAGAAACGAAAGAAUCGAACAUGAAUGUAAAUCACCUGCCAUGUGCUCAAGAGAUACUUUGAGAGUGUAAGUUAACUACGUUUAAAUAACUAUUCGAAACGUUG